CCUCCCUCGCGCGCGCCCCCCUCCCCACCUCGCGCGCAGCAGUGGGUGUUUCUGGUUCUUCGCGAGUUGCCGCCGCCGGCGCUGCUCCUCCUCUCCUGUCUUGGGUUUCCCUGGUGCCGCCGCCGCAGUAGUUCUGUGUGAGGAGGAGGAGGAGGAGGAUGUGAAGAUGGCGGAGCUGCAGAUGCUGCUGGAGGAGGAAAUCCCGGGGGGCCGCCGGGCCCUGUUCGAUAGUUACACUAACCUGGAGCGAGUGGCCGACUACUGCGAGAACAACUACAUCCAGUCAGCAGAUAAACAGCGAGCCCUAGAAGAAACCAAAGCCUAUACAACACAGUCCUUAGCAAGUGUAGCCUAUUUGAUAAACACUUUGGCCAACAAUGUCCUCCAAAUGUUGGAUAUCCAGGCAUCCCAGCUACGUCGGAUGGAGUCUUCUAUCAACCACAUUUCCCAAACGGUCGAUAUUCAUAAAGAGAAAGUUGCAAGGAGAGAAAUUGGUAUUUUGACUACCAACAAAAAUACUUCCAGAACCCAUAAAAUUAUUGCUCCAGCCAACCUAGAACGACCAGUUCGUUACAUUAGAAAACCUAUUGACUAUACAAUUUUAGAUGAUAUUGGGCAUGGAGUAAAGUGGUUGCUUAGAUUUAAGGUGAGUACACAGAAUAUGAAGAUGGGUGGACUGCCUCGCACAACACCACCUACUCAGAAACCACCCAGUCCACCAAUGUCAGGCAAAGGAACACUUGGGCGUCACUCCCCCUAUCGCACACUGGAGCCAGUGCGUCCUCCAGUGGUACCAAAUGAUUACGUACCUAGCCCAACACGUAAUAUGGCUCCCUCGCAGCAGAGCCCUGUGAGGACAGCUUCUGUGAAUCAAAGAAAUCGAACUUACAGCAGCAGUGGUAGUAGUGGAGGGAGCCACCCGAGUAGCCGGAGCAGCAGUCGUGAGAACAGUGGAAGUGGUAGUGUGGGGGUUCCUAUAGCUGUCCCUACUCCAUCUCCUCCCAGUGUCUUUCCAGCCCCUGCUGGCUCAGCUGGCACCCCUCCCCUUCCUGCAACUUCUGCCCCUGCCCCUGCCCCUCUGGCUCCUGCUGCUGCCCCCUCUUCCACUGCCCCUGAUGGUGCUGCUGCGGGAGCUCAGCCCCUUGCUGAUGGCUUCACUUCUCCAACUCCCUCUGUUGUUUCUUCCACUCCACCUACAGGUCACCCUGUUCAGUUCUACAGCAUGAACAGACCUGCUUCUCGACAUACUCCCCCAACAAUAGGAGGCUCUUUGCCCUACAGACGCCCUCCUUCUAUAACCUCACAGACAAGCCUUCAGAACCAGGUGAAUGGAGGACCUUUUUAUAGCCAGAACCCAGCAUCUCUUGCUCCUCCUCCUCCAUCCAUCCUACAGGUAACUCCUCAGUUGCCGUUAAUGGGAUUUGUGGCCAGAGUCCAAGAAAAUAUUUCAGACACUCCUCCUCCACCACCUCCUGCAGAAGAAGCAGUCUUUGAUGAAUCUCCGCCUCCGCCACCACCACCAGAAGAUUACGAGGAGGAGGCGGCUGUGGUAGAGUACAGCGAUCCCUAUGCUGAAGAGGACCCUCCCUGGGCACCAAGGACCUAUUUAGAAAAAGUUGUCGCGAUUUAUGAUUACACAAAAGACAAAGAGGAUGAGCUCUCAUUUCAGGAAGGAGCUAUCAUUUAUGUCAUCAAGAAGAAUGAUGAUGGUUGGUAUGAGGGAGUCAUGAAUGGAGUGACUGGGCUCUUCCCAGGGAAUUACGUGGAGUCCAUCAUGCAUUAUUCUGAGUGAAGAUUGAUGAUGUUGUACCGGGAUCAAGAGAACUAUUAGGGACUUUCCAGAUUUACACAAGGCUCUGAGGAAUACACUCAUGUGAACUCAUGGAUGAAGGAUAAGGAUAAUUGUAAUAAAACUACUUAUGUGUUUUGGCUUAAAAAACUACUAUGAAAAAGCAAGUUAGUGACCUAAGUAUGAGCAAAUGGAUCUUCUGAUGGUUAGUAGUGGCUGUGCUGAGCUCUUUGAAGUAAAUAGGCUGACCUCUUCAUCUUUGGGUGUGUAGAAAAUGAAAUGACAUAUAUAUGUAUGAAACAAAGUUAAAAUAAGAUGAGCUAGAAUCUAGGAUCUUUCUCAGGAAUCCUAUCUAACCCAGAGGUUUUCUCCCUUGCUUUAGUGCUUGGCAUUAGAAAUGCCAAGAUGAUAAUGCUGUGGUGUUAAUCAGUCACUUUUUUCUUCCGCCUGAAGAUGAAGCAGCUGGAGAACGUAUAUGAAAAGUUCCCACAAAAAGGCUUCUAGGUCGUUUGUUACUUGUUUAAUGAAUGCAGUUAGAAUUUUCAGUUUCUUAGCACUCAGUGGCUGAAGCAAGUGAAUGCAAAACUGGUUUGUAUCUCAUUAUGACUGUCAGCCUAAAUCAUUAAGAAGUUUAGAAAGUGUUAGGGGCUUCUAAGGCUAGCUAACUGGUGCCACAAAUGGAGUUUAGUAUUCUGAUGAAAACUAUGUUGCCACCAAUGGCUUAUCCAUCCAGACUGCUUAUACCAAGAGUUAGUCAUCCCAUAGUACAGGGUCUAGUGAAAUGGAGAUUAUAUUUCCUUCAGGUUUUGAAGAUCAGGCCUGAAGAUUUUAAGUUAACAUUUGAAUGACAUAUGUUCUCAUUAGCAGCCAAGAUGAAAACUUUAUUCUGAGCAUUAAAGCUUUGAGGAGAAAAAAAAAUUACUUCACAGCAGAUGUUUCUUUUAAUUUUUCAAAGUAUGUAGAAAAAUCUUCUUAGUCUUAUUUGGAAAGAACAAGCAGUUUUUAGGUCUGUUGGCAAGUCUCUACAGUGGAAGUUACCUGUCCUACUAAGCUGCUUUUCCCUUAUAUUCACAGAAACAUUUAAAAAGCAAAAAAGAACCUAGAACAAAACCCUUGGGUCUCUUGUUCUCAAUUGGAAGAUAAGGCACCUGUUCCUAUUAAAAUACUUUUUCACCUUAGAUUUAUCCAAGAUUAAAAUAGCAGUAGUGGAAUAUAUUUAGUAGGUCAAGUACUGGUGCUUCCAGUUAUGUGGCUAAACCUUCUGGUGGAACUUCAACGGAGAUUGUAGCAGAAAUGAUUAACUCUUGUGUCCGUACAACAAAUAGAACUUUGGAGUUCACCUCCCAGAUUUAGAAGAGCAAUACAUUUUUAAUCUUCAUUUUUCCACAGAGGUAAUUUAAGAAAUAUCUUCAGACCCAAAAUCCUGGUAGGGGAUGUUAGUCCUGAGUAAGAAAUGAUCUAAUAAUGGGACCAGUUCAGUUCACCUUGAUACUAUGGACUAGUGUUCUAGAUCCUCAGCCAGUGUGGAGCAGUGUUGUGCUGACAGAACAGCAAGGUUCAGUGUACUUGCUGGCAGGUGGACAGGGCGUUAGCAUGAAAGGAGAUUCAGGUCUUUGACCACAAAGCUUCUUUAAAGUUUUAACUGCGGCCCAGCUGUACAGUUCUUUUAUCAAAAAAACAAAAACUUCACCCUGCCUCUUUUCCACAGUCAUAGAAUGAUCUUUUCUUCAGGUCUUCUAACAGCUGGGAGUCCUAUUUUCUCACCAGCUUACUCACCUGUGCCUGAGCACUCUUAUUAAGCAAACUCGACCAAAAAUCUUUUUUUCUCAACAUUAGCACUGGGUAUCUCUUUGAGCCUUUUAUUUCCUUUUUAGAACCAAUCUGUCGCUGACUCUCUUUUACUACCUGAAGUGGACUGAGGUGCCUAGGAAUUUUUUGGUGGAGGGAGGGUGGAGUGGUGGUGGUUAGUACUGGGUAUAUACCUUAGUUUAAGAAAUAUGCUCCUUAAAUUAGUUAUUCCCAGUAUCUAUUCUGCUUCAGAGGACAUAAUGGGUUCACAAAGCAGACACAUUUUUGAAGUCUGAAAGGUAAUCUUAACAGCUUGCCAAGUUCAGUUACAGGAACAGAUGUCAGGCUUUUACAGAUGGAUAAAAACUUAGGGUUUUCUCAAGGAAUGAAUUUUGCUUCUUGGAUUAGUGCUUUCUGUGCUAUCUGCUGAUGACAUUUCUGAAGUUUUUCAUCUUGUAGAGUCACUGUGGAGGGAGUCCAUGGGUCAAUUGCUGCUGGUUUUCGCUCUAUUCAGUACUGAUGUGUAAAAAAAAAUUGUUGGAUUUCAUGCAUAUUUUUUAUUUUGUACAGUUUAAAAUUCUAUAGCUUGUCUAGGGAGGAUUCUCUGUGAUCAAAACCCAGAGUAAUUGGAGAAUUUAAUGUAUGUAAUAUUUCAUAGACUGCAUGCUACUAAUAGUGAGGGUGCUGUUUCCAAUUUUAUCAUUUGUAAGUUUCCCCCUUUUGUCCUAUUGAAAAAAUAACUUUAAAAAUGCUUGGAAAAACUUAAAUUUGAGAAUUAAAUUUGAGAAACAGUGCAGAAUGCUACUGACCAGCCCUCAGCAAUGUUGUUAUUAGAGAUGAGGGGAAUGCUUUCACGGUCCAUAAUAAAGUGUGUUCUAGGGCCACAACCAAAACUAAACCCUUUUCCUCUGGAAUCAUGUUUUCCUAGAUUAUAUUUGGUUUUGCCUUCACCCUUUCUCCAGGCUCCCCCCCUCCCCCCCAGAGUAGUAGCCCAAUAUGGCUGUGCCUCUUUUGAUAUUUCAUUUCCAUGGAGAUAUGAAUGAAAAUACACUUCCUUAUUCUAUGGCCUUAGGGUGAAGAUGACAUAAACAUUAAAAAAGUGCCAAUUGAGGAUGUUGCAAGGCUCAGCCUGCUGUCGGCUUGAUAAAGAUGAGACUCCUCUUGUCUUGUUCAGCAGUGUUUUCCAUUGCUUGGCUGUUUUGUUUCUACCUCCCUCAGUGGUCCUUGUCUCUGGCAAUAUUAGUUAGGGUAAACAGGCAGCUGGUAUCAAUGCCAUGUGUCUGAGGGACUGAUUCUGUGUCACCAGGCAGAAGGAUACCCUCUGCCCCCUUUCUGUUUUUGUUUAAUAAUUUACCAGUUUCUUUCAUCCUUAUAAUUUAUGUAGUUGUAUUCAUGUAGCUGUGUACUUCCUGAAAAAAAAAGGCAACUUAAUGAGAUUUUUAGUUCUAGUGAGGUA